AACGUGGCAUUUCUACAGGGGGGGCCGGGCGGAGAAACUGAAGGUUCCCAACCCCACAUCCACACGCCUCCCUCCGGAGAACCUGCGGAGAGUCCCCGGAGCUCAGUGAAUGUCCGAAAGCAGCAAUAUUGGCAGAAGGAUGUUCGGUGGAGGUCCUGCCCCGGGGCCCUCCUUGGUGGUUCAUCCGCCCAUGCACAGCGCCACUUCCCACACAACCAGCGAGUCGGCCUGUGACGUGUAGGAUCGGCGGCGUGGCCACGGUUGCUGCGUGCCGGGCUGUCGGCUGCUGCGAGUCGGACUCCCCCGCUGGAGCUCUCCCUGUGGCUCGGCCCAGUCGGGUGUGUUUACCUCCCAGCCGCUGCUGCCCUGUGGCCGGCUGCCACACGACACACACACAGACACACACUCCGCCUUCCGCAGCCUCAACGAGCCCGAGGAGCACCGAUGUAAGCGGCCUCGCCUCUCGUCCUUCACGGGUUCCCUGCAGAGCCGCGUGUCGGUGACCCCGUGACCAAGUCGUCAUGAAUAAGGAAAUCAUGUCACGUGUGGUGAAGAAGAGGCAGGCAGACCCCAAGGUGGUCCAGUAUGUGUGGGCGUCCAUUGAGGUCAUCCGCAACCAGAAACAAAUCGCAAAUAUGGACAGGAUCUCCAAGUACCUGAGUCGUGUUUAUAGUAUGCACCCUAAGGAGACUGCCAGACAGCUGAGCCUGGCUGUUAAGGACGGCCUGGUGGUCGAGACCCUCACGGUUGGCUGCAAGGGCUCAAAGGCCGGCAUUGAGCAGGAAGGCUACUGGCUACCGGGGGAGGAAAUGCCAAGUUCAUUCCCAAAUAAUCAGCAGGAGCCGAAAGCUGAGGGAAGCAAGGACUGGGAGGCAGAAAGCCACGACUGGUACUGCUUCGAGUGUCACCUACCGGGCGACAUCCUCACGUGCGACAACUGCUUCCGAGUCUACCAUCUCAAGUGUCUGUCGGACGAGUGUAAGCCCAGAGAUGGAGGAUCGCACUGGCAGUGCGUCGCCUGCAGGGGCAGUAAAAAGAAGAACCUGAACAAACAGGACAUGUGUAAAUAUCUGCGUUUCAUCGUCCAGCGCAUGAAGGAGCGGGCAGUGGACCUGAACAAGAAAGGCAAAGACAUUAAACAUCCCAUGUACAGACGGCUGAUCCACACUGCACUGGACGUGUCCAACAUCCAAGAGAACCUGUCUGAGGGAAAGUAUAAGAACUUUGAUGAGUUCAAAGCAGACGCUCAGCUGAUUGUUCACAACACUUCCAUCUUGUAUGGAGUUCACAGCGACCAGGCAGAGAUCGCCCGGUUGCUCUUCAGCGACACAUGUCACGAGUUGAACGAGUUGUUGUUGUGUAAGAACUGCUUCUACCUGUCGAACGCCCGGCCCGACAACUGGUUCUGUUACCCCUGUAGCCCCAGUCAUGACCUGGUCUGGGCGAAGAUGAAGGGUUUUGGCUACUGGCCGGCCAAAGUCCUGCAGCGGGAGGACAACCAGGUGGACGUGCGCUUCUUCGGACACCAGCACCAGAGAGCCUGGAUUCCUGCAGACAACAUACAGGACAUCAAGGUGAGUGUCCAGCAGCUGCAGGUGAAGCGCAGCAGUGGUUGGAAGAAGGCGUGCGAGGAGCUUGAGGUCUACCAGCGUUUCCUGAGGGAGGGACGCUACUGGAAAACAAAGAUGGAGGAAAGCAGCCUGCCGCACCAUCAACAGAGCCAGAGCCAGCAGCAGCCGCUGCAGGAAGUGGAGGAGGAGGAGGAGGAGGACGAUGUGGUGGAGGAGGAAGAGGAGGGCGGUGGAGGUGGUGGAGGCGCCGCGAGGCCCGACAGACCAGACAGACCAGACAGACCACAGCGGACAGACGAAGCCGAGUCGAGCAUCUCGUCCACGAGCAACGAGCAGGUCCGACAUCUCAAGGGCAGUCAGGAGCCCAAGGCGAAGAAGAGCCGUCGGUCUCAAAUGGUUGAGCCCAAAGAGGAAGCCAGUGUAAGUUUGUUUGUCAACAAUCCAACGGACCCGGAGCCCGAGAUGGAGGCGGUGAGCUCCAGCCAGGAGAUCCCCGUGUCCUCGGCGCCGCAGCAGCCGGAGAAGCUGUCGGUGUCGACGCAGACCAAGAAGGCCAGCGGGGGGUCGCCUCGCACGCUGCACCGCGGAACCCAGACCAGCAGCGACGGCGCCUGCCAGAACAUGUGCCACGAGAAAUACACCAAGGUCUUCAACGACGUCAAGGAGAUGAUGAAGGCCGACAACAAGAGGGAAACGGAGAGGGUCGUCCGAGAAGCUCUGGAAAAGCUCCGUGCAGAGAUGGAGGAGGAGAAGCGCCAGGCGGUGACGAAGGCGGUGGCCGGAUCUCAAGCGGAGAUGGAGAGGAAGUGUAAGCAGGUGAAGGAGAAGUGUAAAGAGGAGCUGGUGGAGGAGGUGAAGAAGCUGGUGGCCCAACACAAACAGCUCAUCUCCCAGACCAAGAAGAAACAGUGGUGUUACAACUGUGAGGAGGAGGCCAUGUACCACUGCUGCUGGAACACCUCGUACUGCUCCAUCAAGUGUCAGCAGGAGCACUGGCACGCCGACCACAAACGAACCUGCCGCCGGAAGAGAUGAGCGACCAAGCCCCGCCCUCUCUGACCCCCCCCCACAGCUCGCCAAUGGCUCUCGCCCUCUCUGUCGCCUGUCAGUCAGUGUCUACAACACACUCACACACACCCCCCCCCCUUCCUGCGUCUAUACUUGCCUUCCUGAAAACUCUGUGGACCCGAGUCUCUGCUUCUGUUUGUGUUAUUUAAAGUUCCCGUCGUGUUGAUUUCUCUGAACCACGAGCAGAUCGUCGGAGAGUUCGAGACCUCGUCCGACUUUUAUGUUUCUAUUUGAGUUUUUAUUCUUUUCCUUUUACUGAAGUGCUAAUUUUGAGCUUGUGUCAGAGAAUGUGUUAUUUAAGUGUGUAGUAACAGAUGAGCAUUAACAGAAGACAUUUUAUUACCUGAAUUUUUUAAAAGAGUCAUUUUUCUUACUGUAAAUGCAACCCCCCCCCCCCCUGUAAGUACUACGGCUGCAUUGAACGAGUUCUGCUUUCAUAGAGAAAAAGUCCUGGAAAAAACUACAAAAAGCUGCGUGAGGUCACGAAGUUUCUCUUUUCACUUUUCACGAGGCGCUUGAGGUGAAAAGCACCUUUUAUCAUUUCUACCUAAAAUCAAGGCUUAUUGGAAACAGGGUCACGAGUUCGGCUUGAGAAGACGCCGCCAAAAAAUAUCUUCCAUGUAUUAUUAUUGAUAUUAUAAUUAAUAUUAUGCAAUUUUUCCUCUUUUUUUUUUUAACAGAAACAGAACUUUUAAUGAGUCGGGUAUUAAAAUAAAAUGUGAAAUCAUUAAUUUUUGUUGCUCUAAAUUGGGAAAAUGUAGAACAAUCUUUCUUGAGCUGGAUCUUAGAGAGGUUCCAUGAUUUGACCGUUUUUUUGCACAUUUCAUUUUGUUAACAGCCCAAAUAUGUGUACCCCCCCCCCCCAGUCCCGGCUUUGCUUUGUAUAGUUUUCCGAGCGUCGUAAGUGUAAUUUUUAUAAUAUGAUAAACACUCGAAAUGCAUCUUCUUUCCUUUUUUUAACCUGACGUGUGAGUGAAGCUCCGAGACGCUUUCCCUGCUCGUGCUGUCGGCUUCUCUUCUUCGUGCAUGUUGAUAGUUCCAUCGUCUGUUUUUCAUUCAUCGCGGUAAAAGAAAACAACAAAUAAAGAAAUUAAGAAGACGGAUGGACCAAUAUAAAACAUUAUGCAAAUGUGAAUGAUCAAAUCAAUCUUUUCUAUUCCUCUCCCUGAGAUGGAGGUCGCUUGUUUCUACCUUUGGUGCUUGGAUUUAUUUUUUUUUUCCUUCCUCAAUGCGGCAAUCAAAUUGCCAGGUUUUGAUUUUUAGAAGUGUGACACUUUUAAAGUUUGACUGUUUCCUCAGUUAUGAAGAUUGACUGGAGGUAAAAUAAUUCAGCUUCUCUGUACAGAUCCUUUUCUUUUUCUCAACCCGCUCUGGUUUGUGCUUCUGGUUGUGUGGUCACAUCCGUUGUGUGGUAAAUGGAAAGUGAACUCUCAGUCCGGUGGUCUACUUGUGCCGUGUGCCCGUUCUAUAGCACAUGCUAACUGUACGUUAUGAUCUAUAUAUUGAUGUUGCUUUUCAUUCUGUACCAACAGGAAAUCAAAAUGCUCAAUAAAUCCUGGUUUCACAGAUGCAGAAAGUUAAAGUCUAAUAAUAGCAGCGCUGGUGAGGCUCUCUCACCUGUCGCUCGCCCUGGCUCUGAAAUCCAGAAAAAAGGGUUUGAUAUUAAAGUAAGAGAAUAUUGAAUUAUGGUCUGCAUGGUGACGAUGGACAAGUCCAGCCGCCGUCUCAGUUACACAACUACACAGCUUCGAUUAUGGGAUAUUUCUAGCAGCAGAUUUUGUAUUUCUGGAGGUGUGUGUGUGGAGUGUUGGGAUGAAUAACCGACAACGUGUGUGUUGAUGAACAAACACGUUUUAUUAAAGUGAAGCCCUGAUAUGAUUCUGCAGGUUUUGGAAACACAGAACUCUUUAAAGUAUUCGAGCGAACAAUGUGACUCUUAUUAUUAUUAUAUUAUGAAAACUUCCUGUCACGACCCCUGAUUUCUUAACCUUGUCUUUGUUUUGAAAAUGUUUCGAGCGCAUCACUCUAACAUGUCACCCUUCGUCGUACCGCUCUGCCACCGUGUCACUUGUUUUAUCACAGUUCUCCUCCGAGUUUCGGCAUCGAACGUUGUCUCUUCGUCAUCAUUGCACUACAUGUAAAUAAAAUGUCUCCCGUCACAUGAUAUGUACAUUGUAAAUGAAUUCACAAAUAUUGGAUUUCAGCUGUUCUCUUCUGGAUGACUGUUAGUUUUAGUUUUGUACAAUGUACAACCGUAAUCAUGUUAAACUCUGUGGCCACUAGGCGGAGCUGUCUGUGUUUCAGUUUCUCUUUUUCUUUAUCACGUCAAACACCGUGAACCACACUGCACCUUCCACGUAUCCCAGUGAUUCAAUGUGUUGGUUUUUAACACACUGUUGGAAACCUACUCAUAAGUGCAUGACACAUUUCACGUGACUCUUCUCUUUUACUGUUUUUAUAUUCGUCCAUCCAGCCGUGAAGAUUUCAGUGAAUUUAGUUUGUUUUCCGCUAUGUGGAAAAGAAAAUUGAUGUCAUUCCAGUUUGUAUCUCUGGUUUUUAAACUGCAUGAGUAAAGGUGUGUAUCUGUGGCUCCUUAUUCUGUUUCCCUUGUGUAAAGAAGAGAUUUUUGCACUUCCUCAGAGUAAUGCAAUAUGACAAUGAUGUUUUUGUUUCUUUUUUGGGGAAAUUCACUUAAGCGAAAUCACAUUUUCAAAUCAGUAAAUCAAUGACACGGUCGACCAGACUCAGACUUUUCACUGUUUCUAUUCCAUAAGUACGUGAUACGGUGUGAGUACUAUAUGAAAUCCUGCUUAUAAUUUCAGAGUAUAGUUACUUUUAACUGGAAUAAUUCUAGUUUAAAAUUGGUUUGUCCUCAUCUCCUGGAGAUCAUUAUCUUCUGUUCUGUCCAUAUGUACACUAUUAAUCGUGGCUUAACAUUUUCUAUGCUCCUGAUAUUUCUUUUUUGAUGCUGUAGCCAGCAAUAUGUAUAUAAAUAUAUUCUAUGUGCUAACAUGGAGGAAAUAAAUGUUAUCAAAAAUG